AUGGGAUUUCUUUCGAACCUUUUCAAAGACAAGAAAAAGGAUCAGAGCAGGAACACUUCUGCGCAUGAGCAGCAUCACGUCCAUAGGGAUCCGUCGCAAGCGGAAAACAGAACACAGGAAUCGCUAUCCCAGCAGCAGGAUGUAGGCCCUAUCCCCAGAGCCCCUUCACCGCACAAGCACAUCUCGUCCCACGCCGAGCACUCUAAGGAAAUUCCUCAGCACCCUAGCGCGGAAUUGCCUCAGCCACAGCCAGCUGAUGUUUCACAGCAGCAGGAUUCAGCACAGGCCCCUAAGCACUCUCGCUCUCCUUUACCUCACCAGCAAAGCCACCACAAUCAGCAACGACGGGCGCAAAAACCGCAGCGGCAGACAAGUGGGUUACAGCCUGCUUAUUGUUACACCAGCGGCAAGUUUUCUGAGACUAUAUCACGCGAGGAAGCGAUGCUGGCGAAGCAGUACAACUUUGCCGCCACCGAAGAUCGUGCACACGCAGAAGCCACUGCCAGUUCAACACGGCGAGCUAUGACGCAACCAAAUGCUCCAUCGAGGAACAACAACAAUGCGGCAAAGAAUGAUGAAUUUGACUCCAUAUUUACGCAGUUCAUGCAUGAGACUAGCGACAAAUGA